AUGAGUUGGAGUGCAUCACAUCAGCAAGCCGCUGCUCCCUAUAAGCAUUUGUUGCAAUUUACAACCGUUUCUCAACAUGCUGCUUAUGAUGAAAGCAGUCCAAUCUCUUCUCCCAUCUCUGUCAGUGAUGGAUCACGACAGCACACCUCCCGCGAUUUAGUCACUAUUGAAGAAGAGGAUUCAAUCGCUUUUCCAUUUUCUCUCAACAAUGGACCACUUCAGCAACCCUGCAGUUCUUUAGAAGACAAGAAUACAGUUCCCGAUUGCUCACUGCUAUCUUCUGCACCUCCGCAGACAACUCAACCUCCUCCAUGUCGGCUUCAACAGCUCCUGGAUAAGAUACAAGAAAAUCUCGAGGAUAUUGUCAAGUUUUACAAUCAAUGGGAACUCAAUAGACAACAGGCAGGAGGGACAAGGUUAGAUGCCUACAAAGCGCUUAAGCGUGGAAUUAGACAGCUGAUGGCUGAGGAGAAGUGUGGGUUCCCUGGAAUAGAAGCGGCAAUACCGUUUACGUAUCAUUACUUUGAUACUCUCUCUUAUAAUGAACUUCACGAAUUUGCCUGCCUACUUGGAAAGGAAACGGGCAUACUCGUUACCCUCAGACUGGCUUCGUCCUGGGUUGAAAUGGGCCAAUCAAUAUACAAUGGAAGAACAAAGGACUUCACCCAGAAUCAGAAUCGUCUUGACCAGGAACUAAGCACCCACAAUGGGCUGCAACAAAAGGCCGUAUCCUUCCGGACAUUAGACCACAGUUCCCAAAUGGGACCAUCUCUGAAAUGCCUGUUGACACGCGAAAACCGGAAACCCGAGAGCUCAUCAGCGCACAGCAACUAUUCCCCGGAAACUUCUUCAAUGGAGCCUCAAAACUCAGCAGUCCUAUAUGCCUCAGAGCGGAGUCUCCCUCUGGACCUUGCAGAUAUCAUAGAUCCGAUAGACUUUGCAAAUUCAUUGACAUUUGCAUAUUCCCCCCAGAAUUCAACUCUUCUACCAUACCCUGAUAGCGCAUCACUAGAAACAGGUGCACGACCUUCAGUUUGUUAUGCAAACUCGAAUGCUCCAUACAUGUCAUUCCAAACAACAUACGCAAGUAAACUAAUAUGCGACCCAUGCAAAAACCAUCACACAUCGGAUAAUCAACCAGUCGAACUCUUGAAAUGGGGGUAA